AUGUUUUCCCGCUUCCCUCUGUUCACCGCAGCGGCAGGUCUUCUGUCGGUGGCUGCUGCUCUCCCCGCCUACUCGGGUUCCUCAUUGAGUGCCCGCGAUGACACCCAGUGCCCCGUCGGCACCGCCUACUACGUCUGCUACAUCAAUGACUUCCGAGGCUGUUGCUCGGUUGACCCUUGCGCCAUGAAGGACGGGUGCCCGGAUACCAAACCACAACCUGAGGAACCCGAGAUCUGUCAGCCCGGAAAGAAGACCCAGGUCUUCCAGCCCCAGAUGAAGACCCUGCAGGAGGGCAAGCCACCCGUCUCGACCCCGAAUUUCCACAUCCUGAAGUCGGCGACCGAAGAACAGCAGCAAACCAUGGCCUUCGACUUGCCCCAGGAAGCCAAAGAAUGCACGCUCACAUGGGUCGUGCCCGAAAAGAGCAAGCGGACGUUCCGGGCUGGCAGCAACGCCCUGGUGGAUGUGUACAGCGUGGGCGACAACUCGGAGAGAGUCGGACAGGCGGAAUUCUCAUUCUGGCCGGACUCGGAGGAAGGCCACGAGGCGUUGGUGGGCAGCAUGGACUGCCAGCAGGCACGGAAUCUCCGGGUGGAGCUGGUGAAGAAUGACGAGGUCUACAUCGAGCAGAACAGCUACACCGGAUGGGCGAUCGAAUAUACUUGCUGA